AUGCAUCAGGCAUUCCGGCUGCACGGCCGCCAGAGGCGCGCAUUUUCCGCGGUUGUGGACACCUUGAAGUCCAAGAUUCAGGGCUUGGCAGACAAGAAGGCUCCACAACUCACAGCACUGCGGAAGGUUGAGCUUGUGCCAGGCCGGUUCGUCCUUCCAAGCGGUCAUGCACGAACACAGCCCGCAAGGGCUUUUCCGGCGCAGACCGUUAAAACUGGAUGGACGUUGUUGAGCACAGGGAGCGUCGUAGUGCUGGUUCUCCAAGCUCUCAUUCAAAGGUUCCUUCCUGGCUUCUUCAUGAACAGGGCAGUGAGGAAGGCUGGGCAAAGGCUGGAAAGGACAGCGCCCGCCCCUGCAUGGCCGGUCGAGGAGGAAUACAUCAAGGACUUCAUCAAUUCACCUCAACGUAAAGCUUUGAGCACCCCUUCCUUCUUGGUGGUCAGUGGUUCCCAAGGCAUUGGGAAAUCAACCAUGCUGAACAAUCUCAUGUGUGAGCAUGUGAAGAAUGGCAAAAGGGCGCUUCCUCUUGAAAUUUCUGUUCGUCCUGGUGAGGACUUGAAACUGAACGAGGCGCUACCCCAAGCCUUACAAGCCGUAGAUUUGCCCCGAUAUUACCCGUCAAAUGUCAAUUUUUUGCUGGAACGGGUGAAUGAGACGUCCAAGCGUCGAACAGGCAGUGCCGUCGUGGUAUACCUUCAACUCACAACCAAAAGCCGCGGAGACAAAUUUAGUAGGGAUGCCUGUGAUGACAUUGCUUCCACCCUCGGUGCCUGCGCUCGCAACAUCACCUACGACAAUGCCGCGUGCAAGUUCAUUUUGGAGGUCAGCGUGUCUGCAGUGGCAGACAUCAUCACCGAAAGGUUUAACAUGUCAGAUUUGGUGGUGGUGCGACCACUACCUUUCGAAGACUUCAUGUCUGUGGUCAAGGAGGUGGCGAAGCAGGGAAACGACUUCCGGACGCUGAACAAGGUUCUUGCCGAAGAUGACAUGGAGCAGGUGUUGAAGCACUACUACAUCCGCGCGGGGGGCAACUUCCGCGACUUGGACUUGAUACUGCGAAAUGUCUCCAGAGCAGGUCAGAAAGGUGCGGAUGCGGUCAUCAAGCGGGUUGAGCAGCAGUACAAGGAGAGGGUGGAACCAAUUGAAAGGAAAUUGGAUGACCAGGAAGUGAAGGACUAUCUCCUCCAGGUGGCAGGGGCAGGACCCAUGGGGUAUCUCCCAGAGAGCGACGAAGACACCAAAAUGAAGUUGAAGCUUCUUCGUGAGGAGCCAGCAGACUGCGUCCUGAGGAGAACAACCAGUGAAACUGUGGCUUUGAAGCACUGGCAUUUCGUCGCCAAGCUCUUUCAAGAGGAUGAGCAGAAGUUGAGGGAUGCAGGAUACAUGUGA